CCUCAAUUUCCAUUCAUUUCAAUCCAAACCCCAAAUCUCUUUCUUAUUUCCUCUUUUCUUCCAUUUCUCUCCCUUAUAAACUCGAUUUCAAAAUCCAAAUUAAUUUUAUAAAAAUAAAAAAAAACUAAUGGAAGCAAGCUCUAUAGACGAAAGCACCGCCAGUGACUCCACCUCCAUUUCUCCCGUCACCCCAUUACUCUUCCACUCAUCGCCGUCGGCUACGGCGGAAGCAGAAUCCCGUAAACUUCCAUCUUCCCGUUUCAAAGGAGUUGUCCCUCAGCCCAACGGCCGAUGGGGUGCUCAGAUUUACGAGAAACACCAAAGAGUGUGGCUCGGCACUUUCAACGAAGAAAACGACGCCGCCAAGGCUUACGACAUCGCCGCCCUCCGCUUCCGUGGACGCGAUGCUGUCACCAACUUCAAACCCUCCCUCAACCACGACCACGACCACGCCCUCGAGGCCGACUUCCUCAACUCCCAUUCAAAGUUGGAGAUCGUGGACAUGCUCCGUAAACAUACCUACAAUGAGGAGCUCCAACAGAGCAAGCGGCACCAGCGGGGGGCGAUGGCAGUUGAUUCGGGGUCGUUCCCCCAUUACUCGGGGUCGGGGUCGGGGUCGGAUUCAAAGAGAGAAGUGCUGUUUGAGAAAACGGUGACGCCAAGUGACGUGGGGAAGUUGAACCGGCUGGUGAUUCCGAAGCAACACGCGGAGAAGAAUUUCCCUAUGGAAGAGGGAGUGGUUUCGGGGAAGGGAAUGCUUUUGAAUUUUGAGGAUAUGGGAGGGAAGGUUUGGCGGUUCCGGUACUCGUAUUGGAACAGCAGCCAGAGCUAUGUGUUGACCAAAGGAUGGAGCAGAUUCGUCAAAGAUAACACUCUCAGAGCUGGAGAUGUGGUUCGGUUUCUCCGCUCUACUGGACCAGAUAAGCAGCUUUACAUUCAUGCUAACCCAAUCAAUGCACCGGGAAUUAAACCAGUUCAUGUUGUGAAGCUUUUUGGAGUCAAUAUUUUGCAACUGCCGGUGGGGAAGACAGAAGGGGCAUUCUUGGAAUUACAACAACCUACCAAGAAGCAAAGAGUAAUCAAACCUUUGUAACACAUAUUCAAUUUAAUUACCUUCUUCUUUUUUCCUUUUUUGCCGAGUUGCGCAACCUGACUUGUAUUAACCCAAAACAAAACAAUAACAUUUUUUUUUUUUUUUAA